UCCAAUUUGAAAACUGAGUUAGAAGUAUUAUAAAACUGAGUUGAAGUAUUUCGUGAAGGAAUUCCGAAAUCCACCUUACGAAUUGAAGAAUGCCGCGGCGACGCUACUCCGACGAUUCCUCGUCGGAAUCACCAUCCGAUUCCGACCGAAGGAGUGGUAAACGGCGCCGUUCCGAGUCCGAAUCCAAGCGCAGGCGGCGGCGGGAUUCCGACUCCGAUUCCGACGCGCCAUCCAAGAGAAAGAGUAGCAGUAAGCGGAAGAUUACCGAGGAUGAGAUUACUGAGUAUCUCGCCAAGAAGGCUCAGAAGAAGGCUAUGAAAGUUGCGAAGAAAUUGAAGUUGCAGAGCAAAGACGUUUCCGGUUAUUCUAAUGAUUCAAAUCCUUUUGGUGAUUCAAAUUUGAAUGAAAAAUUUGUGUGGAGAAAGAAGAUUGAGAAGGAUGUGUCACAGGGUGUGCCACUUGAUGAGUUCUCUCUAAAAUCAGAGAAGAAGAGGCAGAAGGAAAGAAAGGCUGAGAUUGAAAAAGUUAAAAAGAGAAGAGAAGAAAGGGCUAUUGAGAAAGCCCAACGUGAGGAAGAGAUGGCUUUACUGGCUAGGGAGCGAGCACGAGCUGAAUUCCAAGACUGGGAGAAGAAAGAAGAAGAGUUUCAUUUUGAUCAAAGCAAAAUCAGAUCAGAGAUUCGAUUACGUGAAGGUCGUAUGAAGCCGAUUGACAUUCUCACUAAACAUCUAGAUCAUUCUGAUGACUUUGAGAUAGAUAUAAAUGAACCGUACAUGGUCUUCAAGGGCUUGACCGUUAAAGAAAUGGAAGAGCUUCAUAAUGACAUAAAGAUGCACCUUGAUUUAGACAGAGCCACCCCUACACAUGUAGUAUAUUGGGAGGCACUUUCAGUAGUUUCUGAAUGGGAACUAGCUGAAGCCAGGAAAAAAGAUGCACUAGAUCGUGCAAGAGUGCGAGGAGAGAAAUUACCUCCAGAGAUGAUAGGUGAAGAACGAGGAUUACACAUGAGCAUUGAAGCUGAUGUUAAAAGUCUGUUGCAGGGCAAAACCUAUAGUGAAUUAGAAGCCAUGCAAUCCCAGAUUGAAUCACAAAUGAGAUCUGGGACUGCGAAAGUGGUUGAAUACUGGGAAGCUAUCCUUAAACGACUCCGUAUUUACAAAGCAAAGGCUUUAUUGAAGGAAUUCCAUACAAGCAUGCUGCGCAGGCAUUUGGAACGCCUAGAGACCCCAUCUGAGGGUGAAAAUAUCAAGACAGAACCGGCUCAAGAACUUGAUGAGCAGGAGUCUGAUCAAGAUAUGGAGGUUACGGAGUAUGCAGGUGCUACAGCCUCUCCGGCACCUGUAACGGAAGUGGAGGCCCCAGACGAAGAAGAACCAGCUGGAUCAUAUUCACCACAACUAUUGCAUGGUGACGAAGAUGAAGAAGAAGACGCAAUUGACCCUGAAGAGGACAAAGCUAUUUUGGAGAGGAAGCGUAUUGCUGUAAAAGAAGACCGCCGCAUCCAAGAAAUCUCUUCGAGACAGAAUCCGCCAGAGGAUAAUAACUUUGAGAGAAGUGCCAUGAAAACCAUGGGGGCAAUGGAAGAAGGAGAUGUCGUGUUUGGCUCUAGUGAUGAGAUCAACCUCGAUUCUCAGGUGUACUGGUGGCAUGAUAAAUACCGACCAAGAAAGCCAAAGUACUUUAACCGCGUACAUACUGGUUAUGAGUGGAAUAAGUAUAACCAGACACAUUACGACCAUGACAAUCCUCCCCCCAAAAUAGUUCAAGGUUAUAAAUUCAACAUCUUCUAUCCAGAUCUAGUCGAUAAACAAAAGGCGCCCAACUACACCAUCGAGAAAGAUGGUGAUAGUGGUGAGACCUGCAUCAUCAGGUUCCAUGCAGGGCCGCCGUAUGAAGACAUAGCAUUUCGUAUCGUCAAUAAGGAGUGGGAGUAUUCACAUAAAAAAGGAUUCAAAUGUACGUUUGAACGGGGAAUCCUGCAUGUCUACUUCAACUUCAAAAGGUACCGCUAUCGUCGUUGAUCUUCUUCACAAAAAAAUUGGAGUUGUAAGUAUUGUGAUACUAGUUAGAAAUUUGGAGCUGCUGCUGAUACUGUAAUCAUGUGAUUGUUCUUAAAAAUAUACUACUAUAUUUUUUGAAAGAUCUUCAAAAAUCAACACAAACUCCCUUUUUUUUUGGGGAUUAUACGUUUGAUGUGUGUAAAUUUGAAUUUGAAUAGAUCGAAUAAAUUCGUUAUGCCUAUAGAUUCAAAAUU